UGUGAGACCAGCCCGGCAGCGACAUAGUCAACAUCACUCUUGAAGAGGCGAGCAUCGAGAGCGUGUUGACGAAGGGCUUUGGUUGCAGAAGAGCAAUUGUCUUUGGAACGGCGACUCGUGUGGUGCUUAUUGGUAGGUUGUGGAAUACCAUACGUUACAUGGUUUUGAUUACAAGGCAAAUCGUGUUGGCGUGUAAAAGACAGUUUGCAAUCAGAGGUUGCUCUGCUGGUAUAAAACUAAAACCUGGAUCGAUACAGAACGCAACAAAAAGUGAACGCGAAGAUACCUAACUAAAUAGUCACAAAACAAGUACAUCAUGAGGCUGGCAGAUCCUCAGAGACAACAUCUUCAAUAACAAGCGGUGAGCUAAAUGUUAUCCGGCGUCCUACUGGUUGUUCUGCCAGUCUUGCGUAACAAACACUGUCUGAUUCAUUUCCGACGUUUUGAUGGGCUAUUAGAGGUCUCCGAUUCGAGGGCACUGUUGCCAUUGACCGGAAACUCAUCCGAAGCUCGCUUUCUAGAUGUGCCAACAUGGAGUACAGCGGUGUUGGGCCCCGAAGAGGGGGAGGGUGGCCGAAGCUUCUGUUGUUGAGUGUUGGGAAUUGGGACCGAUGGCCGACAACCGUUCAUUAGGCUGUGUGUUAAAGGUUCCAACUGAAGCAAGGCAGUAACCUUUGCAAGUUUUUGCCCUUCGGAUAAAAUAUCAAGACAAGACCGCAGUCCCUUCAAACACCACUGCCGUUCGAGCCAGGAAAGGAGGUGACGAUUCCAGAA